UAGUUCGGAUUCCAUAAGAUUCAAAAAUCGCGAAAUCUUUACUUAAGAGUUAGGGCAGUAUUAGUUUUUUCUCCGCGCAAUCAAUUUUCCAGGUGUUAAUUCCCCCGACGCUACUGAAUAAAUCAAUAUGGCGGCGGCGGGGAUUCGGAGAGGAGGCGGCGGCGGCGGGCGGCGGGCGAUGGAGGAGGACGAUUCGAAGCUUGUGUUCGAGACGUCGAAAGGUGUGAAGCCAAUUUUGAGCUUCGACGAGAUGGGGAUAAAGGACGAUCUGCUCAGAGGAAUCUACAACUACGGCUUCGAGAAGCCUUCCGCCAUUCAACAGCGCGCCGUUCUUCCAAUUAUCUCCGGCCGUGACGUCAUUGCUCAGGCGCAGUCUGGUACGGGGAAAACUUCCAUGAUUGCCCUCGCCGCCUGUCAGAUUGCCGAUACCAAAUCCUCCGAGGUUCAAGCCUUGAUUUUGUCACCUACAAGGGAAUUAGCUGCCCAAACAGAGAAAGUAAUACUGGGAAUUGGUGACUAUAUAAAUGUGAAAGCUCAUGCUUGCAUUGGAGGCAAAAGUGUGGGCGAGGAUAUACGGAAACUAGAGCACGGAGUUCAUGUUGUGUCGGGCACUCCUGGUAGAGUUUGCGACAUGAUCAAGAGGAGAACUUUACGAACUAAAUCGAUCAAAUUAUUAAUUCUUGACGAAUCCGAUGAAAUGUUGAGCAGAGGGUUUAAAGAUCAGAUUUAUGAUAUUUAUAGAUAUCUUCCAGCCGAGCUGCAGGUUGUCUUAAUCUCCGCUACCCUUCCAAAUGAAAUAUUGGAAAUAACAAGUAAAUUCAUGACCGAUCCAGUUCGGAUCCUUGUCAAGCGUGAUGAAUUGGCAUUGGAGGGAAUCAAGCAAUUCUUUGUUGCGGUGGAAAGGGAAGAAUGGAAACUCGACACUCUUUGUGAUCUUUAUGAUCAACUUAUCAUUACUCAAGCUGUUAUCUUCUGUAAUACAAAGGAUAAGGUUGAUUGGCUAGCAAGACAAAUGCGCGACAAUAACUUUACAGUCUCAUCCAUACAUGGAGAUAUGCCACAAAGGGAGCGAGAUGCAAUUAUGGGUGAAUUUCGGUCCGGUCAGACGAGAGUUCUUAUUACAACAGAUGUUUGGGCUAGGGGAUUGGAUGUUCAACAGGUUUCACUGGUAAUAAACUAUGAUCUCCCUAAUAACCGAGAGCUCUACAUUCAUCGCAUUGGAAGGUCUGGCCGUUUUGGGAGAAAGGGUGUUGCGAUAAAUUUUGUUAACAGCGACGACAUCAAGAUUUUGAGAGAUAUCGAGCAGUAUUACAACGCACAGAUCGAUGAAAUGCCGAUGAAUAUGGCUGAUUUUAUUUAAUAUGAGGUUUUAGAUUGA